CACAGACAGACAGACAGACAGACAGACACACAGACAGACAGACAGACAGAGGGAGAGACUCCUAAUAUGUCUCUGUUUUCUUUUAGAGUAGAAUCCCAGCUCUCUCAGAGUGAAGCAGAGUCAUGAUGUAGACUAAUCCUCAACUUCAGACUGUUUAUCUCCUCCCAGGAAUGGAAGUCAAGUAAACCAACAUCUCACUGACUGGAUCAAUGAUUAAAUUGAUUGGAUAAAUUGACUCGGGUGAAGUUAAUUUGAUAAACGCUUCAAUCAGCACAACAAAUGAUCUAGACAGUCAGGCUGUCUUUUCCCAUCGGCUCGGAGUGGAUUGGAACAAAAGCGCGCUGCUCUUUGAACUGGCAGAGUUCGAACCGCAAAUCAGCUGUCGUGCGGAGGAGCGGCGAGGGACAGUUGGUGAAGUCCAGAGACAGUCACUAGCAUACGAGUGCCAGGGUGUGUGUUGGGGGUCACAGAAAGGUCGUUGCCAUGGGGAAGGACUACUAUAAGACGCUGGGUAUCCCUAAGGGUUCUAACGAGGAGGAGAUCAAGAAGGCAUAUCGCCGCAUGGCACUGAGGUUCCACCCAGACAAGAACACAGACGCCAACGCAGAGGACAAGUUCAAAGAGAUCGCUGAGGCCUACGAAGUUCUGAGUGACCCCAAGAAGAGGGUCAUCUAUGACCAGCUAGGGGAGGAGGGUCUGAAGGCAGGGGGCAGUAGUGGUCAGUCUGGGGUUCCUGGUGGGUCGUACCACUACACCUUCCACGGGGACCCCCAUGCCACCUUCGCCUCCUUUUUCGGCGGUUCCAACCCCUUCGAUAUGUUCUUCGGACCGCACCGCAACCACCACAACCGCUCCAACGGCGUCCACUCCAAGGUCCCCAACGACCAUGACAUGGAAACAGACUUGGAUAAGGAAGACCCCUUCGCCUCUUUCACACACUUCGGCUUCCCCGGGGGGGUCAACGGCUUCCCUGGCCAUGGCGGGGGCAGGAGGAGGGGGGUGCAGUCGGAGCGUUUGGGGGGGUCCAGGAGGCAGCAGGACCCCCCAGUCGUCCACGAGCUGAAGGUGUCUCUGGAGGAGAUCUUCCAUGGUUGCACCAAGCGGAUGAAGAUCACCAGGAGGAGGCUGAACCCUGAUGGCAGGAGCAGCCGGACGGAGGACAAGAUCCUGAACAUCGUGAUAAAGAGGGGAUGGAAGGAGGGCACCAAGAUCACCUUCCCUAAGGAGGGGGACGAGACCCCAGAGAACAUUCCUGCAGACAUCGCCUUUGUGCUCAGAGACAAAGGACACGCCCACUUUAGGAGGGACGGCGCCAAUAUCAUCUACACAGGCAAUAUCAGUCUGAAGGAGGCGCUGUGUGGCUGUACGGUGAACAUUCCCACCCUGGAUAACCGCGUCAUCCCGCUAUCCUGCCAUGAGGUCAUCAAGCCGGGGAUGGUAAAGCGGCUGAGGGGGGAGGGCCUGCCCCUCCCUAAGAGCCCCACUCAGCGCGGCGACCUCAUCGUAGAGUUCACGGUUCGCUUCCCAGACAGGAUCCCUCCCCAGUCCAGAGAGAUCAUCAGACAACACCUACCCCAGUCUUAGGACAACACACCACCCCCCCAGACUCAUUACGCCCCCUACACUCCUCCCUUCCCCAACCCCCCAGACUCAUUA